CAAUAGGAGAGCAGUUAGGAGGCUGUCUUUGAACUGUCAUCUUCUAGUAGGUUCGAGAAGACGCGUGGAGAGGCCGGAGACGGAGAGCAGCUAUGGAGACGGUAAGCGGCCAGGGUCCGACGAAUAGGGGCGGUCAGUGGGGAGUAAUUCACUCAGGGGGUAACUGACACCUGGCUAGCUGGCUGUGCUGCUGUAAUGGCGGUGUCUGACCUGGGGGCAGUUACUGGGGUCACUGGGGCAGGAGCUGAUCUGUCAUCCCUGAUACAGCGACCUCCUGCUCGCAGUGGUGAUGGUUGUUGCCCUCUCUACUUACAGUGGUGAUGGUUGCCUCUCUACUUACAGUGGUGAUGGUUGCCCUCUCUACUUACAGUGGUGAUGGUUGUUGCCCUCUCUACUUACAGUGGUGAUGGUGGUUGCCCUCUCUACUUACAGUGGUGAUGGUUGCCCUCUCUACUUACAGUGGUGAUGGUUGUUGCCCUCUCUACUUACAGUGGUGAUGGUUGUUGCCCUCUCUACUUACAGUGGUGAUGGUUGUUGCCCUCUCUACUUACAGUGGUGAUGGUUGCCCUCUCUACUUACAGUGGUGAUGGUUGCCUCUCUACUUACAGUGGUGAUGGUUGUUGCCCUCUCUACUUACAGUGGUGAUGGUUGUUGCCCUCUCUACUUACAGUGGUGAUGGUUGUUGCCCUCUCUACUUACAGUGGUGAUGGUUGUUGCCCUCUCUACUUACAGUGGUGAUGGUUGCCCUCUCUACUUACAGUGGUGAUGGUUGCCCUCUCUACUUACAGUGGUGAUGGGUGCCCUCUCUACUUACAGUGGUGAUGGUGGUUGCCCUCUCUACUUACAGUGGUGAUGGUGGUUGCCCUCUCUACUUACAGUGGUGAUGGUUGCCUCUCUACUUACAGUGGUGAUGGUUGCCUCUCUACUUACAGUGGUGAUGGUUGCCUCUCUACUUACAGUGGUGAUGGUUGCCUCUCUACUUACAGUGGUGAUGGUUGCCCUCUCUACUUACAGUGGUGAUGGUUGUUGCCCUCUCUACUUACAGUGGUGAUGGUUGUUGCCCUCUCUACUUACAGUGGUGAUGGUUGUUGCCCUCUCUACUUACAGUGGUGAUGGUUGUUGCCCUCUCUACUUACAGUGGUGAUGGUUGCCCUCUCUACUUACAGUGGUGAGUGGUGAUGGUUGCCCUCUCUACUUACAGUGGUGAUGGUUGUUGCCCUCUCUACUUACAGUGGUGAUGGUUGUUGCCCUCUCUACUUACAGUGGUGAUGGUUGUUGCCCUCUCUACUUACAGUGGUGAUGGUUGUUGCCCUCUCUACUUACAGUGGUGAUGGUUGCCUCUCUAUUUACAGUGGUGAUGGUUGCCCUCUCUACUUACAGUGGUGAUGGUUGCCCUCUCUAUUUACAGUGGUGAUGGUUGCCCUCUCUACUUACAGUGGUGAUGGUUGCCCUCUCUACUUACAGUGGUGAUGGUGGUUGCCCUCUCUACUUACAGUGGUGAUGGUGGUUGCCCUCUCUACUUACAGUGGUGAUGGUGGUUGCCCUCUCUACUUACAGUGGUGAUGGUUGUUGCCCUCUCUACUUACAGUGGUGAUGGUUGUUGCCCUCUCUACUUACAGUGGUGAUGGUGGUUGCCCUCUCUAAUUACAGUGGUCAUGGUGGUUGCCCUCUCUACUUACAGUGGUGAUGGUUGCCCACACUGUUCGCAGUGGUGAUGGUUGGCCUGGGCUCCCUGUAUAUUUACAUGCAGCACCUAUGAUGCUAAGCCAGCCCUGACAGCCAAGGAUUGUUUCUACAGCUCACAUCCUGCCCUUCUCAUUUUAUCAAGCACCCUGACUCCUAUACUAUGGGCAAUAUCUAGCCUGUUGGUUUGUUUGCUGCUUUUUUUAAAAAAAUUUUUAAUUUUUUAUCCUUUUGUAUUUUGUUUUAGGAGAAAAAAAAAGUUAUUUCUCAUAAGAGUUUGUGGUAGAGGCACCAUACAUGUUUGGUAAAGCAAUCCAAUUUUAUUAAUCUAGCUGUAAGCUGAAUUGUUACCUGUCAAGAAAGUUUUAUGUUGUCCCAUGAGGUGCCAUUAUUUUCUCUCCCAAAAGCAGGGGUUCCUGUUGGUACUUACUAUUUAACCUACUUGAAGCCAGUGACUUGCUGCUUCUUAUAGAUCAGAGAUAGCCAACAGAUAUACCUCUGCUGUUAUAGAACUACAACUCCCCUGGUGCUUUGCCAAGCUUUAAAUUGAGGGACUCUCUUUUGACUGUCGUUGUUACAGAUACCAUAUAGAGACUGGGCAUCUUUCUAUGUUUAGCAAUCCCCAAACUUUAUAGUACUGCAACAGAUUGCCUUUCAUACUGGUAUUCUGAUCUUUACCUCAUUCUGGACCAGUGUUAGAAAUAUUCUUCGUUGCUGAGACUUCUUUGAUGUCUUCAGUUAUGAAAGGGGCACCGUAAGCAUUAAAUGUCAAAUCUAGGCUAGGAAAAUUGGAGGUAGCUCAGUUGGUAAAUUCCCAAAUUACAAAGCCUGUUGAAAAAUGCAGGGCCAACUCAGCCCUUCAUCCUUCCGAGAUCGAUAAAAUGAGUGAUAAUAACAUCUAUUACUAUUCAGCUGCCGAUUUGGUAAAUUCUCAGAGCGUGCGCUGAAAAGCGCUCUGAGUCCCAUUGGGAGAAAGGCGCUAUAUAAAUAGUAGUAGUUAUUAUUGUUAUUAUUAUUAUUAUUAUAUUUAGCCAAUUGCUGUUAGUCUUUCAAGUCUGACCAAUGUCUGCCAAACUUAUGCAGAACUUUUACAAUAGUCAGCAGAUUCUGCUCAAAAGCUUUCUCUCCUGCAGGGCCAGUGCUAUCCAAGCGCCAGCCCUGCUAAGUGCCUUCACGGACUGGAGGGGAGAUCAGAGAUCUCCCUCACCGGUCCGCAGGCACAUUGCUGGCAGCCGGCACAGGAGGGAGAGGAGAGCAGGGAGCUCUGCCUCUUACCUCCAGCUCCGCCGGGUCUCCUCUUGAAGGGCACGUAGAGCUUUGUCGCGGUUACCAUGGCAACGCUCCAUUCUCGCGAGAGUGAACUCUAGCCCAGGAGCUGCAGGCUAGAGUUCGCUCCCCACUAGAACCACCAGGGAUUCACCACGAGGACCACCAGGGAUUGGAAGUAAUAUCCCCCCUCCCUGGGCAAAGGUAAGAAGGAAGAAGGAUGUAAAGAAUAUUUUUUUUUUAUUAUUAUUUUUUAUUUUUUAUUAAAAAAACAAAACAUUUGUUUCACUCUGCCCCCUCCAACUACACACACACACACACUGCCCCUAUAGCCCUCCAUACACACACUUCCCCCACUGUACCCCCAUACACACAGUGCUGCCCAUACAAACACUACACCCCUAUACACACAGUGCUCCCACACACACACACUGCACCCCCAUACACGCACUGCCCCCACCCUCAUACACAUAGUGCUUCCACUGCACCCCACAUAUACACAGUGCUCCUACUGCACCCCCAUACACACUGCCUCCAAUACCCACCCUGCAUCCCUCACACACUCAGUGCCUCCCAUACACAGACACACACACUACUAGAGGCCCUAUCCCCUACUACAGCCCCUAUCCUGGCAGACCCCAGGUGAAUUGUCAAACUGUUCUUAAGCAGUUUGACUAUUUACUCUGGGAGGGCGUCACGGCACUCCUGGCACCAUAACCACUACAAAAAACUGUGACUAAGGAGGCUUCCAUGUUUUGAUAUCAUGUAUGUGCUGUCAUAAGGUGGACAUAACACUUUCCUUUUCGAGGGAAGGGUUUUCGGUUUGAGUCCGUGAAAAAACACUGGUAGUGGUUAUUGUGCGUAGAUUGUUUCUUUAAAUAAUCUAUGAGUGCACCUCCUGAGAUAAGACUGGAUCCGCCAGUGAGCAAGCUGUAGUGAUUAUGAUGCCUAGAAUGCUCUUAAAGUGUUAGAGACAAAAGGCCUUUUUAAAGGACCACUGUUGUCACCCUGACCCACUUCAUCUCAAUGAAGUGGUCUGGGUGCAGUGGCCCUGUCAGUUUAAAGAGAAACUAUAGGAUAGAAAUACAAAAUUGUAUUACUAGCCUAUAGAACCCCCCUCACCUGAGCUCCCACUGCUGCGCGGAAAUGGUUAAAAACCAUUUCGACACUUACAUGAAUCCAGCGCCAAUGUCCCUCCGCGCUGGGUCAGGAUCCACCUUCACUCCUCCCCUGACGCUGGCCUUCUACGUCUAGGAGCUAGUGUGCAAUCAAUGCUUUGCUAUGGAUUUUAGCUGAUGCUAGAUGUCCUCAUGCGACCAAAAGUCGCCUAACAACCUGGAAGAGCCUUUAGUGGCUGUCUGGUAAACAGCAACUAGAGGUGGCGUUAACCCUGCAAGCUAACUAUUGCAGUUUCUCAAUAACUGCUAUUAUUAUUAUUAUUUUAUUAUAUGGUUAAACUGACUGGGACAGUGCACCCAGACCACUUCUAUAAGCUGAAGUGGUCUGGGUGCCUAUAGUGUUCCUUUAAGUCAGCAAUAUAAAAUGCUUGUGCUGUGUUUGCUAUGGUAAUUCCCUAGCCGGUGCUGCUAGCACAGUUUACGGAGUGCUUGACAUUACUUUGACAUUAAAUGCAACAAAGCCAGCAUUUUGGUGUCCUGGAGGGGAUCUGUCUUGCUUGGGGAAUCAUCCCCAAGCAGGGCAAACCAGUAAACACAGUGGGAUAAAUGGGACAGAGUGUUCUAGAAGUUUCACACAACUCUAAAGGAGAUUGUGCAGGGGGAGCGGAGGCUCAGGUAAGUGCCUGGAAAUUUCCUAUUAAACCCUGUGUUGCACUAAAUUAAUAUUCAUAAGGCAAAAUUGAGGCUAAAAUAACUAAGCUGUGGCUAUAACGGAGAUUGGAGAAUAUUUCCAUAUCUGCUGCUUUUGUCUCAAUUAUGCCUUUUAGAUUUUAGCUCACCGCAUUCAGAGUUGAGUGAUGUCUGAUGUCAUCUGGAUCUUAGAACAUGUCUGCCCAGUUGAAUUCCAUGUAAAUUUAAUAAGUCGUGCAGAGUGCUUUUUCCCUCCCAUCUGUGUUAAUGCGAAAUGCAUGCAAUUCAGGUCUCUGCUAGGCUUUAAACCUUCUUGGGAUGUUAUUUGUUUGUGUUAAUAAACCCUUUACAGCAUGUCGGGUUGUUCAAUCUGAUUAACCCAUUGAACCUAGUGAGUAGUGUAAUGUGUUGAACAGCAAAUAUUGCUCAUUCUUGUAAAUUCUUUGUUUUGAUCAUUUGUCAUGCUGCAGAAUAAUGAUCAUUCUCUAAUUUAUUUGUUUAUCAUUUAUUUUACACACACAUUUCACGGUGCCAGGAGGACAGUUGUUGGUUAAAAUAUACUGCCUUUCUGCUUUUCUCCCUCCAUCCUACGCUAACCAGAGUGAGUCAGUGUGGGGGUGGUAAUUGUGCAGCUCUCUGGAGAGAAAGGGGUUAAGUGACACACCAGGGGGCUUUGAAAAGAUAGGGGUUUAUGCAAAGAUUGUAUGAACCUCUUCUGAUGUUAUUUUGUCAUGCUUUUCAAACAUAAUACAAGAUUAUUUGUACACUUGUCCUCUAUUGUUUGUAUAUUUUCAUAUAUAUUUAUUUUAUUUUUUUGUCUUUAACCCCAGGCAAACGAGUUAAAGGAAAAAGGCAACAAAGCUCUCUCAGAAGGCAAUCUGGAUGAGGCAGUGAGAUGUUACUCUGAAGCCAUCAAAUUAGACCCCAAAAACCAUGUCUUAUUUAGCAACCGGUCUGCAGCCUAUGCCAAAAAGAGAGAAUAUGCCAAAGCAUUGGAGGAUGGCUGUAAAACAGUGGAGCUCAAACCUGACUGGGGAAAGGUGAGAUCAGACACACUCGUGGUCAUUUUAGUCAAGAACCCCAUAUCCGUGAAUGCAUUUUUGGAUCCUUUAAAUAUAACUGAAUAUAGUGAUCCAGAAGAACAGAUCUAAAAGUUGUCACCCUAUUUUAAGCACCACUAUUUUUUAUUAUUAUUAUUAUUAUUUAUUUAUAUAGCGCCAAAAGAUUCCGUAGUACUUUACAAUAUUCUAAGAGGGGGGAUUUAACUAUAAAUCGGACAAUUACAAGAAAACUUACAGGAACGAUAGGUUGAUGAGGACCCUGCUCAAACGAGCUUACAGUCUUUAGGACUACAGCAUAUUGUGAUUAUGGUUAAAGGAUUCUGCGUGUAGUCCCCUUGUUGGGGGUGGUGUUUAUAACUUUUUGAACAGUAUUAAAAAAAGGAUUCUCCUGGCACACUAGCUUGAUAAACUGGCUUUAUGAAUUCAUUUACUGUCUUCCUGCAGGGCUAUUCACGCAAAGCUGCAGCACUGGAAUUUCUAAAUCGCUUUGAAGAAGCCAAGAAAACUUAUCAAGAGGGAUUGCAGCAUGAACCCACAAAUCCUCAGCUGAAAGAGGGACUGCAGAACAUGGAGGCCCGGCUUGCAGGUAUACUUACCUAGCCUCCAAUACAAAAAAUAGUAAUCAUUUUAUUUACUGCUUUUUUUUAUUUUGUGUGCCUGAUCUUUAUUCUCUCCUUCUUCUUCUUUACCUUGCUUUUCUCAGAGAGAAAAUUCAUGAAUCCUUUUAAUUCGCCUAACCUGUUCCAAAAACUGGAGUCUGACCCCCGUACUCGUGCUCUGCUCAGUGACCCAAGUUAUAAAGAUCUGAUAGAACAGUUGAGGAACAAGCCAAGCGACCUUGGCACGUGAGUAAAAUUGUAGGCUAAUCAAAGCGUCUUUACUGUGUAUAAGCCAGGUUUUAACACCUUAAGGACCAAACUUCUUGAAUAAAAAUGAAUCCUGACAUGUCACACAUGUCAUGUGUCCUUAAGAGGUUAAAGCUUACACUCACUUACUGGCCAUGGGUCAGAUGAACACCUGACAAUUCUGCCUUAGAUUAGGGAUCCCAACACUACAUGGAGUGGAUUUGUGCGUUACUCCCUGUUCAUUAGGGGAAUAAUUGCAUGGACAAUGCCACCAUUCAUGCAUUAUGAAAUUCUAAAGCCAUGAUAUGUCUUUGUGACUAAGGAGGCUUCCAUGUUUUGAUAUCAUGUAUGUGCUGUCAUAAGGUGGACAUAACACUUUCCUUUUCGAGGGAAGGGUUUUGGGUUUGACUCUGUGAAAAAACACUAGACAACCUCAGUUCUGUAUGAGGAUGUCAAGCAUCAGAGAAAACUCCAUAGGAAUUCAUUGAGGCAAUGGUUUCCUAUGGGGAAGGCAUUAUGUACACAUGGCACUCCCCAUGCAUGAUAAUUAGGUCCCCCAUCAGAUUACAUCCACCUUUGCGCUUGACCUCGGCACUUGAAUUGGGUAAGUGCUGCUUUAUGUAUACAUUAUUAUUGCCAGAACUGGGGGGUGGGGGGGAUGGUUGCAUUUUUGUGUAUUUAUUUUAUAAACUAUGAGGAUUUGUCACAUCAAAUGAAAGCCCUUUUUGUCCUUUAAAAAAAAUAAAAAUAAGGUAUAGAAUAUGUGUUGGCGCAGUAAAUGAGAGAUUGACACAGAGCAAAACUUGCUUUGGUCCUUAAAUUAAAAAAAGCAAAUUAAGCUGUUAAGCUGGCUCCUUAAGUAAUGUAGGCCAAAGUAGUCAAACUAGAAGCAUAGCAGACUAGGAGAAUUUUUCCAGUUUGGCUAUUUUGACCUUAAAAUUGGAAUUACUUUGCAUUCUGGACAAUUCUCACUUUACUGAAUAACUACAUAAAUUUUAACUGUAAAACAAACUGAAAGAACUCCACCUGGAAGUAUUAUUCCACAGCUCUUUCACCUAUUUACCUGUCAUGAGAUCAGGCAUCUUCCCACAUGUUGUACAAUAGAAGCUUUAUUGAAACUAAAUUGCAUCAAGGAAUAAAUAUUUGCAACUGCGGUAGUCUAAGCACAAUUAAAACCACAUGUUGAUAUGUAGGGUUUAUGCUGCUAGCAAGCUCAGGGCACCAUUUAAACGGCUUGGCCCAGAACUUGGGGACAGAACCCACAGCCUGCUGGAACCAAAAUCACUGCAAGAGCAUCAUUUAUAGUACUUUGACUACUCCUCCUUUAGAGAGCAACCAUUACUUUUAUUGGUAGCCAUUCCUAUUUUACUUAGUGGAAGUAAGGGGACACUUUUGCUGCAUUUUUCUGAAUAGAUGCCAGAGUCUCCUGAGAUCCCCUGCAUGUGGGACAUUUUUCAAGACUUGACAUUUGCAUCAGAUUUUGGCCUGUGCAUGAAAGCCCUUGUGAUUUAUGCAGGUGGAAAAUAAGAUUUAGAAAUAAGUUAACAGCUCCUCGUCAGAAUCUCUGUAUACAUUUAUGUAUGCAAAUUCUGUGUAUAGUUUGAUGUCUUACUUUCCAUUCUCUAGAAAGCUACAAGAUCCUAGAGUGAUGACCACAUUAAGUGUGCUUUUGGGGGUAGACCUUGGAAGUGUUGAUGAGGAAGAGGAGGAGACUCCUGCACCCCCUCCUCCCCAACCUAAAAAAGAAACAAAACCUGAGCCAAUGGAGGAAGAUCUACCUGAAAACAAGAAGCAGGUGAGUAAUCCUUUUUGAACCCAUGGAGUCACAGAAUCUGAAUUUUGAACCUGUAACUGUACAUUAAUAGUGCCUUCGUCCACUUAAAGCAGAUAUGCUACUUUCAAUAUUUUCAUAAAUAUAUUUUAUUUAUUAAAUAAUAAUCAAGACUGUUAAAUUUUCACAUGUAAUUCUAAGGCAAUCCAGAGGGAUCAUAAGACAAAGUAGGGACUGCUUUCUCUUAUUAAAAAAAGCCUGAGGUUGACAAAAGGUGGCGCUCUGGCAUUAAAGAUCCAUUUUAACUACCAGUCAUGUCAUGCUUAUUACUGGAAUCCGAUGGUAGAUAGACUAGGAAGCAAUGCAUUAUUGUUGAAGAUCCCACAUUUCAAGUAAUGUGUCCAUAGAAGAUGUAUCAAUGUGUGUAGAAGCAGUUUUUCAGCUGUAAGGAAAAUGGAGGGGGGGUGCAGUGGUGGCUUUAAUUGGCAAAUGGUUAUAUGGUAUGUUCUGGUUGUACCAGCCCCUCAGAUAAUGCUGCCUUCUGCUUGCAGGCCGUGAAAGAGAAGGAACUAGGGAAUGAAGCUUACAAGAAGAAAGACUUUGAAACUGCACUGAAGCACUAUGCACAAGCCAAGGAACUGGAUCCAACCAACAUGACCUAUAUUACCAACCAGGCCGGUAAGUGUGUCUGUCAUAAGCACCUAUGAAAACGUGUUGGUUUAGUCACUUAAUGAAGAACUUCAGUAUCCUGACAAAUUAAGGUCAAAACUGUAACUUUGUAAAAUUCCAACUCAAGUAGAGUUUAGGAUUUUUUUUCCCCUCCAUGUUGGUUGUCUACUGUCCCAUAGUCUGCAUACCCAGAGUUGUUUUAGGAUAUGCAGCAUGAAUGCUUUGUAUACUGUAAUUUGUCACCAAUUCUGAUUUCUUUAUUUUUUAUUUUCCAGCUGUAUACUUUGAACAGGGAAAUUACGAUAAGUGCAGAGAAUUGUGUGAAACAGCCAUUGAAGUAGGAAGAGAAAAUCGAGAGGAUUACCGGCAAAUAGCAAAGUGAGUGUGUAUGCGCAACAGCUUACCCAUCACUUAAAAAGAGACUAUAGGCACCAAAACAACUUUAGCUUAAUUAAACUGUUGCAGUGUAUAGAUCAUGCCCCUGCAGUCUCAUUGCUCAAUUGUUUGCCAUCUAGGAGUUAAAUUAUUUUUGUCUGUUUAUGCAGCCCUAGGUUAUGACGGACACAGCCUGCAUGAAAAAAUGGCUUCAUUUUCAAUCAGAUAUUAACUUUAGAAACUUUCACCUCCUGCUCUGUAAAUUGAAUUGGAAUCACACUGCAGGGUCUGUAAGGCUAUUAACAAAACAGGAUAUAGGAAAUUCUAAAUUAAACAGACUUUGCAAUAAAGGAAGAGUAAACAUUAUAUGACUCUUUACUGUUAGUGUUUUAGGAAGGCUAUGUGAGUCACAUGCAGGGAGGUGUGACAAGGGUUCCAUAAACAAAAUGAUUUAACUCCUAAAUGGCAGAGAACUGGGGAAUGAGACUGCAGGGGCAUAAUCUAUACACCAAAACAAUUUCUUUAAGCUAAAGUCGUUUUUGUGCUUAUAGUGUCCCUUUUAAUUUUAAUAUUGCAUCAUUGGUUGAUUUAUUGCCUUGCAAUGUGUAUAACAGGGCUUGACAAAUUUGAUUGGACUCAAGGAGUCAGCUAUAAAAAUUAGGAGCCAGAGAAAUAAAUGUCAAAAAUACAAUUGUUAAAGGGACACUAUAGACACCAGAACCACUACAGCUUAAAAGAACACUAUAGUCACCUAAAUUACUUUAGCUAAAUAAAGCAGUUUUAGUGUAUAGAUCAUUCCCCUGCAAUUUCACUGCUCAAUUCACUGUCAUUUAGGAGUUAAAUCACUUUGUUUCUGUUUAUGCAGCCCUAGCCACACCUCCCCUUGCUAUGAUUUGACAGAGCCUGCAUGAAAAAAAAAAAACUGGUUUCACUUUCAAACAGAUGUAAUUUACCUUAAAUAAUUGUAUCUCCAUCUCUAAAUUGAACUUUAAUCACACACAGGAGGCUCUUGCAGGGUCUAGCAAGCUAUUAACACAGCAGGGGAUAAGAAAAUCUUAAUUAAACAGAACUUGCAAUAAAGAAAGCCUAAAUAGGGCUCUCUUUUUACAGGAAGUGUUUAUGGAAGGCUGUGCAAGUCACAUGCAGGGAGGUGUGACUAGGGUUCAUAAACAAAGGGAUUUAACUCCUGAAUGGCAGAGGAUUGAGCAGUGAGGCUACAGGGGCAUGUUCUAUACACCAAAACUGCUUCAUUAAGCUAAAGUUGUUCAGGUGACUAUAGUGUCCCUUUAAUGUGGUUGUUCUAAAGUCUAUAUCCUGUCCCUGAAUGCUUUUUCCUGUAACUGAGAGAUAAUUGAGUUAUUCAGUUUUGACUCUAUCUCCCAGACACAGGGACUCCAGGGAGGGGCUUGUGUAUAUUUUGAUUAAAUCCACCCAACCUUUGGAAGAACUGGAGUGGAUAGGCUUUCCCUGGGGUCCAGUCUGACUGCUGUCUGCUCCCUCUCAGGCACUGUUUGGUGAGCUGUGGGCCUGAGUGACAUCCUUACCCGGCUCCUGGCAUAACAACAAAGCACGUGAGGGAGCAGAGCAGGGAGAUUAGUCUCUUGCCUCCCUCAGCUCUCCAUGAGCUGGCUGCCCGCCUUCAUCCCUCCCUUCCUCAGCAAUACAUAAGCCGGCCGCUCUAUCAGCUGCUUGCCUGCCUUUGCUCUCAGGCAGCCAGUCACCUCGGGGGCUGAACAGGUUUACAAAUCCCAGGCGCCAGAAAAAAUAUCCUGGUCGCCAGGGUGACCGCACCCUGGUGUAUAAUUUGGAGAAAACAGAUUAGACUGCUGGAAUGUUGCUGUCAUUGACUCCAAAGUUAGUUUGGUCCUUACAGUAGCUCUUAAUUUUAUCUGUAUAAAUAUAUGAAUUAAUAAUGCCUGCUUGUGUCUGUAUAUUCAUAUGAAUUACUUUCCAGUGCUGCAAGUAGGCCUUCAUGUAAACUUUAAUUAGGGGAAAAAUAGACUUAAAGAACAGUCUAAGGAUCAUAAACCACAUCCCUUUGCUUUGCCAGCCAUUCAAAUGGCAAAACAUCAUGAAACUUGUAGUUCGAAAAUAUUUUGGUAUCUCUAUCUUAAAUCUAUAUUUAGAUGGUUUUACUGGUAGUACUAAGAUAGUGCUAAUCCGUCGUCUUCUAAAUGAAAUCAGACAGUAGCAUCCGUUUUUAGCAUACUUCAGUAGUUGCUCACUAGGAUGUGAAUUAUCAAUUUAUAGACUUUUAACAUGCAAGGUACAGUCCUGUUAAUCUUUUUAAAUCCAAUGUUUAAUUUCUUUCUUGCAGAGCUUAUGCUCGUAUAGGAAAUUCUUACUUCAAGGAGGAGAAGUAUAAGGAAGCGAUUCACUUCUUCAACAAAUCAUUGGCUGAACACAGGACACCAGAUGUCCUUAAGAAAUGCCAGCAGGUAGAUAUGGACUGGAUGACAGACUUAUUUUAUUGUACGGUAAAUUAAUAACUUGUAAUUGAGCUCAUUGAAAAUGUUAUGAGGUAAAAUGUCCAUGCAAAAUCUUACCUUCAGGGACUAAACUAGUCCCUGCACCCUUCCGUGAGACCUGUAGUAUGUAUUAUUUCUGUCAGUGGAUGGCCAGAGAGAUGCCAAGACAUUAAAGGAACACUAGUCACCAGAUUAACUAAAUUUAUUGUAUUUGUUCUGGGGAGUUUAAUCAUUCACUUCAGGCUUUUUGCUGUAAACACUGUAUUUUCAGAGAAAAUUUAGUGUUUACGUUACAACCUAGGGAGACCUCCACUGGCUACUCCUCAUUUGGUUACUAGAUGUGCUUUCUGAGGCAGUGCUGCACACUGCCAUUGCAUCCACACUCUGCAUGGAGACACUGAACUUUCUUUAUAGAGAUGCAUUGAUUCAAUGCAUCUCUAUGAGGAGAUCCUGACUGGCAAGGGCUGUAUUUGGUGUGUACUGGUCCAUAAUCUACCUCCUUGACAAUUUCCGCUAUCCCAAUGCUAUUUUCUGAUGAUGUCAGCCAAGGAGGCAGAGCAUGCACCAACAGACUGGAAUAAAGGUAAGCUUUUACUAUAUUAAGUGGGGGCUAAAUGGUGUUUUUAAGACUAUGGGGUCAGGGAUACAUGUUUGUGUUCCUGAUCAUAUAGUGUGUUUUAACACGUUUCCCUUAACUUAAGACAUCUUAAAGGACCACUAUAGUGCCAGGAAAACAUACUCGUUUUCCUGGCACUAUAGUGCCCUGAGGGUGCCCCACCCUCAGGGUCCCCCUCCCGCCCGGCUCUGGAAGGGGGAAAGGGUUAAAAACUUACCUUUUUCCAGCGCUGGGCGGGGAGCUCUCCUCCUUCUCUCCUCCUCCUGGGCUGAAUGCGCACGCGCGGCAAGAGCUGCGCGCGCAUUCAGCCCGUCGCAUAGGAAAGCAUUUACAAUGCUUUCCUAUGGACGCUUGCGUGCUCUCACUGUGAAAAUCACAGUGAGAAGCACGCAAGCGCCUCUAGUGGCUGUCAAUGAGACAGCCACUAGAGGAUUAGGGGGAAGGCUUAACCCAUUCAUAAUUAUAGCAGUUUCUCUGAAACUGCUAUGUUUAUAAAAAAAAAAAAAUGGGUUAACCCUAGCUGGACCAGGCACCCAGACAACUUCAUUAAGCUGAAGUGGUCUGGGUGCCUAGAGUGGUCCUUUAACUAUAUAUAUGCUGAUAUUUUACACUGCAUGUAAAGGGCAUGCUUAGAGCAUGAUGGCCUGAUCAAUUGACAGAAGAGAUAGAUGACUGGACAUAAAUUUGUUAUUUAUUUGUUGACAAGAGUUCAUGUUUGAUCCUGAAAGAUCUAGAAAAUCACUGGCAUAGGAGAACCAUAUGAUAAAUGACAGAUGUGAGAGAAUUUGGGAAAUAGCCUUUGUAGGGGUAGGCAAGAAAUUUGUUGUUGUUUUUUGUGUGUGUGUGUGUGUGUGUGUGGUUUUUUUUUUUUGUGGUCCAUAAACCUUGUAUCUUUAAAAGAAUGCUGGGAAACAUAACCUUCUUAUCUCAUUUAAGUUGCUAUGGUGCCUAGAGUUUCUGAGUACAGUAUUGCCUUAAAGAAUUAAAGUGUGUGUGUGUAUAUAUGAACGGUUUAACUCCAGAGUGUUCCAAACAGUGCCUGCCUUCUAGGUCUCUUGGUCUCCUCCUUCAACCUCUGCUUUAAUACAAAAGCCUUGGACUGGGUGCUAGGUGGAGACUGUCAGCUGAUGCGCUCCACCCAUCAGUGCCCUGCCAUUGAGAAAAAGGCAUUAGAAAGGUACAUACCAAAGAGUUCCAGAGAGGUUGUUAAAUUGGAAAACAUUUUAUUGGCUUUGUAAGGUGAUGUGUAUGAUAACAUAAAAUAUAUGAAAUUUGCUUGGGUGCAGAAUUGCCAUAAAUUAAAUUUGUCAUUGUUACACAUCAGGAGGCAGAACUCGUCUUCUCUAGAAAUUACACCAUUGAGUGAAACUCUGUAUAUCACUUUAUACAUUUUUUCAUGUGAUACUCCAUUAUUCUUUUAAAUAAUAAUUCAGUUUAGUCCAGGCACAAAAAGGCAAACAUGGAGGAAAAAAUAGAAACCUGGUUUCAUUUUUCUUCUCUCUAUGCAGACUGCCCGGUGGAAAGGCCAGAGCAUAUAAACAUAGUUGACAGGUAAUAUGAAGGCAAUAUUGGUAUAGAUUUGUUUAUUUUUGGUUUUCAUCUCACACAUUUAACCCCUUAAGGACCAAACUUCUGGAAUAAAAGGGGAUCAUGACAUGUCACACAUGUCAUGUGUCCAUAAGGGGUUAAAGAAACACUGUAGGGUCAGGAACACAAACCUGUAUUCCUAAUCCUAUAGUGUUAAAACGACUAUUUCGGUAACUUGCGCCCCCUUAGGAGGGGGGGGACAAACAUACCUUUUGGCCCCGAUCCGCCUUCUUGGUGACAUCAUCAGAAUCUACGAUUUUUAGCCAAUCCAAAGUUUUUGAAUCAAUGCAUCUAUAUGAGGAAAAUUCAGCGUCUCCAUGCAGAGUUUGGAGAUGCUGAACGGCAGUCUUGCCUACUGUGCAGCACUGCCCCAGGAAGCACCUCCAGUGGCCACAGGAGCUAUCCCUAGGGUGCAAUGUGAACAUGGCGUUUUGUCUGACAAGGCAAUGUUUACAUGAAAAUGCCUGAAGGGAAUGAUUAUACUGUCCAGAACAACUACAUUAAGUUGUAGUUAUGGUGGCUAUAGUGUUCCUUUUAAGUUAAAGCUCACGGGAAGUGACGUUUCCCCUUUAAAGCAGACCUGUCUGUUUCAGAGGUCUUUACAUAAGCUACGUAAUUUGUUGGCGCUAUAUAAAAAUAAUUUCACAAAGUCCCCAGAAAUAGGCAGGUCUGGUGAGUCCAUUAGCAGGGGAAAAGACUUCUGCUUACCUCAGGUUGAUGCAACAGUCUUAAUGCUGCAGGUCUCUUUGGCUUCUGGUGCUUAAAGAGCCAUGUCUGUAAUGUACUCAUGUGCAUCAUUAAGCGUACAUCAGAGGUCUCUGAAGGGUCCCACGACACCGCAGGAUCCUCUAUAGACCAAGCCAAAUAUGUCAUUUGUGGCAACUAUUGGGAUUAGACAAAAGUUAACAGAGGAGUUCCUCUUUUUGUCAAUGUCAGGCUUUUCCAUAAGACAAAGUAAUCCCUACUUUGUUGUAUGAUCACUUUGGACUGCGUUGGAAUUUCAGUGACAUUCCAACGCAGUCUUAAUCAGUAUUUUAUAAAGAAUAUAUAUUUAUAAAAUACUGAAAUGUGACAAAUCUGCUUAAAAUGCUGCAAUAAAUUGCCAUUGCAAUACAAGCUAUGCCACAAUGAAAUCCAUCAAAGAAAAGUUAACUGCGCACUAUGAUAUAGUGAUUGUGUAACCACAAUAUCAAAUAAUUCAGAAUAGUCAUAUGCAGUGAUAAUAAAUGGAUAUAGAUCUCUACGUCUCUCCUUAGCUGUUGUUGGUUAAUCAAUUCAGCAGAGCCUGUUAAAAACUGUAUCUGUAAAACCAGUUAUACCAUUGUCAUGUCCUAGGCUGAGAAGAUUCUUAAGGAACAAGACCGUCUUGCAUAUAUUAACCCUGAGAUUGCACUAGAAGAGAAGAGCAAGGGGAAUGAAUACUUCCAGAAAGGUCAGACUCCAUUUGUGUUAGUGUAUUUGGGUACAUGUAUAAAAAGGGGAGAGAAAUUCUGUGUCUAAUAAGUUACCUGAACUUUAACGAAUAUUGACUUUAGUACAUCCCAAGCACUUUCUUAUGCUAAUAUAAAAUAGAGCAAACAAGGGGAGAGUGGAUAUCCUUGUCUCGUCCCAUUACAUAUUUGUACUUCUCCCAAUAGCCAUUGACCCUGGCUCCCACCUUUUUAAUCUGUAUACAGUAAUGUUAUUUAUUGUCAAAACUUUUCCCAGACUCCCAUCUUCUGGAGAUUGUCUUCUAAAACCCUAGUCUAUCCGAUCAGAAGUCCUUUUGUGCUUGUGUACCAUAUACUAAGUCACGGGUAUUGUCUCUGGUUUCCUUUCCUGGGACAAAACCCUACUAUCAGCGUGGAUUAGCAGAGAUAUUCGAUGUUGAAUACGCCUGGCCAAACGUUUUACAUCCACAUUUAACGAGAUUGGCCUAUAACUAGCGCAUAACUUUAGAUCUUUCCCCUCCUUGGACAGAAUAGUGAUAUGAGCAGUUUUGAAAUCAGGAUAGAAUUAAACUUCUUAUAGUUCCCUAAGAGGAAGCAGUCGAUACCUGGGGACCUACCCGUUUUUAGAGGUUUUAACUGCUCCGACAAGUCGCUCUUCAUGAAGAGGAGCCUUUGAAGCCUCCAUUGCUUCAUCUGAUAACCAUUUUCAAAUGUAUUUAGACAAAUAAGUCAUUACGACUGAGCAGUGGCUGCUCUGAUUGCAAAUUCGUGCUGAGUAAUCAGAUUGUAACUUUUUGGAUAUAGCAAUGGGAAAGGGAGUUUAUUACCGUCAGAUGUGGAAAUCUUAUGUAUUUUGGAUUUGUGGCCUCUACCCUUGUAGCAUAUGAGUGCCCUGCCCCCUCUAUUUGCGUGCAUAUAAAACCCUUGGCGUGUCUUUCCUAUACUUUGGCUUACCACCUUCCCUUCUAGAAAAAGAAUCUUAGUGGUUUUAUAAACUACUACAAAUAUUUGUUUUCCCCUCACAUAAAAACUGGACUAGUGCCCCUAUGGAUGAGCCUCCAUUGGGUAUUGAGGGAUUUCUGGAAAAACAUGAUAUGCUCUGCUUAAUGGGAGUCCAAAGAUUUGUUUAAUUUCAAUACACUCUAGUUUCUUUGUAUUUAGUGUGAGUAUACUUAAACCCGUCUCUCCCAUUAGGUGAUUACCCUCAAGCUAUGAAACAUUACUCAGAGGCUAUAAAGAGGAACCCCAAAGAUGCCAAACUGUACAGCAACAGAGCUGCGUGUUACACCAAGCUGCUGGAGUUCCAACUGGCACUUAAGGUGAGUGGUUCCAAAACAACACAAAGCCAGACGCUACUGGUAUUGUGGCAGAUCCAAUAUGCCAUCCAUUUUUUAUGGAAAGGAAUAGGAAGUUUCCAUUAUAACCGCCUAUCACAUGACAUAUCACUGGAAAGCCCAGGAUGUCCUCUUUACAAUACAACAUGGAUUGGAUUGAUAGAGGAGCUCAAAAGAAUAAAAAGAGAUGUGAACGAAAUGUCCAGUACAAAGGGCACAAGUUAAUGGACUGGGUCUCAUGAGGAGAUAUAUAUUUUAUCUUUGUAUCUCAAUGAUUUUCAUGUUAGAUGAGCCAUCAGUCAACCAAUGUGUAGCCACUGUCUAUGGACACCCCAGACAGUGACACUUUAAUUUCAGUAAUUGGAUUUCUAUCUUUACUCGUAGUGUAAGGCAACACAUAUUUGCACGCUCUACAGGCUUAAAGGGACACUAUAGUCACCGGAACAACUUCAGCUUAAUGAGGUUGUUCAGGUGAGAACUAUAGCUCCCUGCAGCCUUUCUCAUGUAAACACUGUAUUUUCUGAGAAAAUACAGUGUUUACAUUGAAAGCUAGGAACACCUCCAGUUGCAGUCACUCAGAGUGAACCAGAGAGACUUCAGAGUUCAUGGAGGCAUAAUAUGCCUCCAUCCACUCAGAUCUGCUGUCAGCAAAGCACAGGGCAGCACGGUGCACAGCAUCCUGUGAUUCAGUGUCUCCUCCCUCUGCUUGCAGACACGGAACUUUCCUCAUAGAGAUUCAUUGAUUCAAUUCAUCUCUAUGAAGUGAUGCUGAUUGGCCAGGGCUGUGUUUGAAUCAUGCUGGCUCUGCCCCUGAUCUGCCUCUUUGUCAGUCUCAGCCAAUCCUAUGGAGAAGCACUGUGAUUGGAUCAGGCUAACACAUGUCAACAGACUGCUUGUUUUUCUGAGUCUAACAGCAUGCAGAUUUACAGCUUCAGGCUUGAAUACAGUAAGAUUUUUACUAUAUUGAGGGGCCCAGGGGGGCCAGAUGGUGGUACAUGUUUGUGUUCCUGACCCUGAUAGUGAUCCUUUAAUAAAGUCCAAUAGUUGAGACACAUGCCCAAAAAUUUAGUUGUUGGAGUACGUUUAUAAAUGCUUACUACAUACUUUGACAUUUUUUCUUAAUUUAGUUUGGUUUGUAUGUAUGCUUAAGUGUUCACUGGUUUUAAAAAAAUAAUAAUUUUACAAUUGUCUAGUAAUGUAUGUCCCUUUAAUUGAUCUUCUCUAGGACUGUGAAGAAUGCAUUCGAUUGGAACCCGCAUUCAGUAAGUGUUAAAGGAAUACAAAUGUGUUUUUAAAGUGCAUGGUCAUGGUUGUCGUUUAUUUAAAAAAAAAUAUAUAUAUAUUUUUUUUGCAUAGUAAGCUUGUUUUCUAAAAUCUGGCUAUGCAUUUAAAAGGUUCAAGAAUGUCCCACAAAUAAGCCUGUUAACGAACGAUAGCUUUGUCCCUUAUUAAAUCAUUACUCCAACCACCAUGAUUAUUUCAAUGAUAUGAAGUGGUCACUGUGGUUAGAAAUAUUUGCACUUGUGUGCUGGGGACAAGUUGCACCCGUAGCACACGAGACUUAGGCAGCCCAAAACUCUGUUCAGGGAUGCAAAUGGUCAACUGUGCAAAUAAUUAUGUCUGAUUUCAGUGUGCACUGCAUGUUUACAACACAUCGAAAUCUUCUGAAAGCUCUGGGCAGUUGCUGCCUUUCUUCCCUUCCCCCUAUUUUACAAAAAGAGCAGACUUCCCUCAUAAAGCACUUUAGCAAGCGGAAGUGCUUUAGGGGGGUCUGGAGUUUAGGAAAAUAAUACAUAAGAUGGUGCCACAGAAGUCUGGGAACCAUUUGGGAUAUUUAAAUGUAAUGUAACUGUUUUGCAACAGUAGAGAACCCAAAUCACUCUGGAUCUUACCUCUCUGAUUGGCCUCCUCAACUGCAUUUUGAUGGACUCCAGUGUAGCAGUGGAUGGUUCCCAUAGAAAUGUUGGGGCUAUCAUUGUCCCAAACCUUUGCUAUAUCAAAAGGCUUUUUAUCAUGGAAGGACUAUGUAUAUUUUCCUGACUCCAGACGUAAAUCAUGUCUAUGUGAGGUAUGCCCAAAAUCUGGACAAAUUUAUUGUACCCACCUUGAGUUUUUCAUUUAUGCUUUUGCCUUUUUUUUUCUGGUUUGCUUCUAGUUGCAAUAAUUGUACUAAUAGAAUUACAUGCAGUAUUAAUGAAAAUAGUUUCAAUUAAGUUUCUUUCUGCAGACUUGUACAACAGGUUUAUAAAUACAAUCUUGUUUCUGUACAUGCAUCCCUAGCCACAGCUCUCCUGCUCUGUAAAUUAAACUUUAGUCAAACACAGGAGGCUCCUGCAGUGCCUAGCAGGCGAUUAACAUAGCCAAAGAUAAGCAAUUCUAAAUUAAACAGACUGCAAUAAAGAUUUACAUUUUUAAACAUUAGAUCUCACGUUACAGGAAGUGUUUAGGAAGGCUGUGUAAGGUACAUGCAGAGAGGUGAGACUAGGGCUGUUUAAACAAAGUGAUUUAACGCCUAAAUGGCAGAGAAUUUACUACAGGGGCAUGAUCUGAACACCAAAACUGCUUCAUUAUGCUAAAGUUUGUUUUGGUGCCUAUAGAAUCCUUUUAAGUGAUGUAUCAUUAUUUUGACAAACCUUUCAUACAUAUCUGGUUUAUUUUGCCUUGCAGUAAAAGGUUAUACACGAAAGGCAGCAGCACUGGAGGCCAUGAAAGAUUUCACCAAGGCCAUGGAUGCCUACCAAAAAGCCUUGGAUCUGGACUCCAACUGCAAGGUACAGCACUACUCUAUCUUAUAAUUAUUAAAAAGGUGCUUCUUUAGAAAGGUGGAACUUCUUUCUAAUGACAACGUUACGGUGCCUGGAGUGGUCAUUUAUUAACAUAACGCACUGAAAAUCAUAAAUGUUAGGUGAAAAUCAGAAGUCUGUCCCACACUCUUCACAAGGAGAUUGUCCCCAUUUGAACCCAGCUCAGAAGGCAGUACUGGCACUAAUGUAUUGGGGAUCAGAGAGUGUGUAGCUUCCCAGGUGGGGAUGCCUACUCCUCUGCAAGUGUCCCACAAGAGUAUUGGGUAAAGCUCUGUAAUUAUACAUUUUACACCCCUAGGGUUGGCUCAAAGGAAUACCCUCUUGCAGCAAAUCUGCUGAACGAGUUGCAUAAAAUGACCAGAGGAGAAGAGCUUAACAAACAAAAGGCUAGGUCCAAUAGACUCUAAAAAAGAUUCUGUAAAUCAUUUGUAGAAGCAAGUGUGAGAGGUUGAUAAGCACUCUGAAUACAAGGCUAUAUUGUAAUAUUAAACUAUUGCAUCCCUUCGGCCGGGUCUCAGUGGAGCAUGAGGUAAGAGUCCAGGAGGAACCUGCUACCUCGAUUUCCAGGAGAUUCUUUGAAGGUACUCUAGUAGGCUAAGUUGUGGUGCUGACUGUCCAAAGAGGGGAAUGAUCUGGAGACUUCAAUUAACACUGUUAAUAGAAAGAAGAAGGGAUCAGCCUGCCUUACCUGCCAUGUAAUUAAUUAUAAUGAUCUCUGCUCUAAUUAGAUUCUUCGUAGAUACAUUUUGGUAUAUAGUAUGUUGCAAUAGAAGAAUUGGUUACCAAGCUUAUGCCAUGUGUAUAAUUUGGGUUCCUGUCAAAAAGAACUACUGCUUUAGAAGAUCUUUUUAAAAUGGCACAAUAACUGUUUUGUGUCUUAGGUUAAUUUUCUUCACCAGCUUGGAUUCUAGUAAGAAAUAUUCUGUAUGCUUGGCUAUCAUAAAUAUACAGCGUAAUUUGUGAUUUGUGUCUGCAGGAGGCAACAGAGGGUUACCAGAGGUGUGUGAUGUCACAGUAUCAUCGAAAUGACAGUCCGGAGGAUGUGAAGCGCAGAGCCAUGUCAGACCCUGAAGUGCAGCAGAUAAUGAAUGAUCCAGCCAUGAGACUUAUACUAGAGCAGAUGCAAAAAGACCCACAGGCCCUUAGCGAGUGAGUAUCUAUAUCUAUAAUAAUAUUGUUUGUGAAACUGUGUUCUGCUAAGUCUUUACAUUCUUUAUAUAUUUAUUCAGAUGGUUUGUAAUUCUACAGCAAUCUUAUAUUUCCACUCAGUUUGUUUAAUUCUGUAACCAACAGGAUAUUCUCAUGCAUGUCUCCGAUAAAAUCAGUGAUCCACAGAUUGUAUAGACAUCCUGCCCUAUAGCAGGUCUGAUGCAUGUCUGCAUUUUAUGUUGAUUGAGUAAAAUACAAAUAAGGUGAUACAUUACAACAGACUUCAACAGGAUGUCCCAGAAAUGUUCAUGCUCAGUUUGCAUCUAUGGAUAAGAUUAUUUUUUAUAUAGAGCCAGCAAAUUCUGCAGCGCUUUAGAAUAGGUGGCAGGGGAGGGCUGGCAGCCUUGGGUCUGGGGGGUCAAAUCCAGUUAAGUGACCCAUUGCAUCAAGAGGAGAGUAAAAACACUUUUUUUUUUGUUUGUUUGUUUGUUUUUUUUGUUUAGUUUUUUUUAUAUUUUUUAGAUAGAUCAAUCGAUCUAUCUCUAGGCAAAUUAGAUGGAAUUUUCUUAAAGGACCACUCUAGGCAACCAGACCACUUCAGGUUAAUGAAGUGGUCUGGGUGCCAGGUCCCUCUAGGAUUAACCCUUUUUUAAAUUUUUUUUUUAUAAACAUAGCAGUUUCUUACAAACUGCUAUGUUUAUAAAUGGGUUAAUCCAGCCUUUAGUGGCUGUCUCAUUGACAGCCGCUAGAGGCGUUUGCGUGCUUCUCACUGUGAAUCACAGUGAGAAGAUGCCAGCGUCCAUAGGAAAGCAUUAUGAAUGGAGAGGAGGAGGAGAGCUCCCCGCCCGGCGCUGGAAAAAAGGUAAGUUUAACCCCUUUCCUCUCCCCAGAGCCUGGCGGGAGGGGGUCCCUGAGGGUGGGGGCACCCUCGGGGCACUAUAGUGCCAGGAAAACAAGUAUGUUUUCCUGGCACUAUAGUGGUCCUUUAAUGUUUUGUUGUUUUUAACAACCGUUGCAGGAGAGGAAUCUGUUGGGAGCUAUUAUCGGUUUAAUUGUGUUUUUGUUUUUCAUUUUUUCAUUCUCUAUUUAUUGUUCGGCAUUUGGGAAAAAGAUGCCAGUGGGGUAAUUGUAUUAAUUAUCGAUACCCAUAUCAAUCGGAAUGCUUGGGCAAUUGCAUUGUGUUCUGUACUUUUAAUCUUUUAGUUAUUUACACUACUCCUGUACUUUUUUAAUAAAGAAAAUCUUUAUUAAGUAUUUCAAUAUUUUUUUUUUUAUUGAUUUUCAAGAAAAAGAUACAAGAAAAAUAAAUACAUAGAUAAAUAAGAUAAAUACACCAUAACUUCAAAGUAUCAGGGUUGUCAGGGAGACAUGCAGGUCUCUAAUUACAUUUGUUCAGAUCACACAGGGUCUAAAUAUAAAAUAAAUCCUACAAAAAUGCAAUAAUUAUUUACGUAUUUCAAAAUUAAACUCAACAUUCACCAAUCUCUACUCCCAGCUGGAGGCUACGUAUCCCCCACUCUCCCAGAACACUAAAUGUGAAUGUAAUCUAUACCUUUUAUCCACUGGGGUAUAGUUAAAGCUAAAAACAUCCUUCUUAAAUGAGUAGAGUCAGUUUAUCCUGGGAUCUUCUCGUAUAAUCUUCAUUCACCUUGGUUUUGUCUUCGAUUUAAUAUCGUAAAACCUCGCCCUCUUUAACAUUGCAUAUCUCAUUGAGUUAGAUCAUAUAUCUAUACUUAGUUGUAGGUCACGAACAAUAGUUCCAUUACUACUGCAUAUCAACUCUCCUUUCUUAACAGUUCAUUACCCAUGGGUCUCCCUACAUCCUGUCCCUAUUAAUUUGGAUCUAUCCUCUUUUAACACAUGUGCUCAGGGUGUUGUAUUGUCUUUCCCUUAAAUAGGUAGUUUUAUGGUAUAGAAAUAAGAAAAUAUACAAAUAUAUCUUUAUUAAUAUAAGGCAAAUAUCUGAGUGUUUUGAACCUUCUUGUAUCACUAAAGAAGUUAUAUUUCAUAUAAAUAUGAAUUGAGUUAUAUUUUCUUUAUUUUACAGACACUUAAAGAAUCCAGUUAUUGCCCAGAAAAUACAAAAGCUGAUGGAUAUUGGUUUAAUUGCAAUCCGGUGAUGAAUCAGACAUUUUCUGUUUAAAUAAAGCGUUGAUCUCCCAUCUUGUACCUGGCGUCCCUUUUCAUGCUGAUCCCUCCCCUCUCGCAAUGCCUGGUUGGGGAGGGUGCCAAGAACUGUUUGGAAGGAAGCUUCCCACUCCUCUGUGGAUACAAGAAAUGUUGAGGAGGGAGAGGUUAAAGCUCUCUUCUUUCACACUCCUUCUUUCCAUCUCUCUUGAGUUUCUCGAUCUGUAAGAAUGUUAAUAAAGCGCACGCAAUAAUGGAGCUGUUUGCGUGCCACGUUUUUAUUAGGUUAAAGGGUAUGUUGAGUUAGGGGUGAGAAAUUUUUGUUUAUUCACAGAGCAGAGAAUAAAAAUUCCAGGCUUAUUUAAAGUGAAAAUAAACAAAUAUAUUGCAUUACAAACUAAGAGGAAAGCCUUUUGUAUUUAAUUUGUUUGUUCUGUAAUGUCUCCCUGCUGGCUUAUGUGUCUAAGAGAAGCACGUAGGGAAGUGUUCACAGUGUGGUUAAACUUGAAGUUAGAUUUAAUGCCUGUUUUGCAAUGUAAUUGUUCAAAUAAAAAAAAUGAAUUCAUCUGACAAUCAAAGAUGUCACUUAAGGACUCUUGGCAACUACGAAAAGAAUUCCUGUUUACACUAACCUAUAACCCAGCUCCAAUCUAAAGAUUUCUAUUUGAUUUUACAUAGAGUGCACUCCUUUUAGGCCUUGAAUUAAAAAAGGAUGGGAGGGUUAGAAAACAGUGAUUGGGCCUGUCUGAGAGUUUUUUACUUUGUUUAAAAAUGUCAUAACUAGAUGCUACAUUUUCUGCAGAAUAAUUUACCCCCUCACACUGUCUCUUGAA